CCAGCAAACAUCUCGCGAGGUAAACCUUCACGUGUUGUUACGCUGUUACACACUGGCUAGUCAACGAAACAAAUUGAAAAUGCGGGAUAAAAAGGAUAAAGCUAAAACGCAGAUAGACGAUGACCCUGUGAAGAAUUUUGAGAAAUGGAAAAGGAAAUACAACAAAACAAAGAAACGAGUCCAACGAGUUCAAAAGACCACCAAGAAACGCGACUAUGAGGUGGAGAGAGAAGUCAUACAGAAGCUGGUGAAUAAAUACUCCGAGAUCAAUCCCAAAGAGGCUGUGAAGUUCUCUGAUUUUCCACUCUCAAAAAAGACUCUGAAAGGUCUUCAUGAGGCUCAGUACAGGCAGCCCACAGAGAUUCAGAGGCAGACGAUUGGCUUCGCUUUGCAAGCGAGAGAUGUUCUUGGUGCUGCAAAGACUGGCUCUGGAAAGACUCUGGCCUUCCUCAUCCCGGUUUUGGAGUGCUUGUACCGUGAACAGUGGACUGCGAUGGAUGGCCUCGGCGCUCUCAUCAUCUCUCCCACCCGAGAGCUGGCCUACCAGACCUUCGAGGUAUUGAGGAAGGUCGGCAAGCACCAUGAAUUUUCUGCUGGUCUUGUAAUCGGUGGAAAGGAUCUGAAAGAUGAAUCAGAAAAAAUCCAUCGCACCAAUAUCAUUAUCUGCACCCCAGGACGUAUGCUGCAGCACAUGGACGAGACGGCCACCUUUCAUGCUUCAGAUCUGCACAUGCUUGUACUUGAUGAAGCCGACAGAAUUCUGGACAUGGGUUUCGCUGACACACUUAAUGCCAUUAUUGAAAACCUUCCGAAAACACGGCAGACCCUUCUCUUCUCUGCCACUCAGACCAAGUCUGUCAAAGAUCUGGCCAGACUGAGCCUGAAGAACCCAGAGUAUGUGUGGGUCCAUGAGCAGGCCAAGUUCAGUACACCAGCAACUCUGGAACAGAACUAUGUUGUGUGUGAGCUGCACCAGAAAGUCAACAUGCUCUUCUCAUUUUUGAGGAGUCAUGUUAAGAAGAAGAUCAUUGUCUUUUUUGCCUGCUGCAAAGAGGUUCAGUAUCUGUUCCGGGUCUUCUGCCGGUUGCGUCCAGGUAUCUCCGUACUUGCUUUGCAUGGAAAACAGCAGCAGAUGAAGAGGGUGGAGGUUUAUAAUGACUUUGUCCGCAAGACCUCAGCCGUCCUCUUUGCCACAGACAUCGCUGCCAGAGGACUUGACUUCCCUGCAGUGAACUGGGUGCUGCAGUUUGACUGUCCUGAAGAUGGAAACACAUACAUCCACAGGGUUGGCAGAACAGCCAGGUAUAAGGAGGGAGGCGAAGCUCUCCUUGUCCUAUUGCCGUCAGAGGAGAAGGGCAUGAUUGCACAGCUUCAAGAGAAGAAAGUUCCAAUUAACAAAAUCAAGGUGAACCCAGAGAAGUUGGUGUCUGUCCAGCAGAAGUUGGAGGCCUUCCUGGCACAGGAGAAGGAGCAGAAGGAACGAGCACAGAGGUGUUUUGUGUCCUACCUCCGCUCCGUCUAUCUGAUGAAGAACAAAGACGUCUUUGAUGUUUUCCAGCUCAAACUCCCAGAAUAUGCCAUGUCACUGGGUUUGGCGGUGGCUCCGCGGGUCCGUUUCCUCAGUAAGGCCCAGCAGCAGAAGAGUGGAGUGAUGGAGGACCAUAGCGGCGCUGCAGGACACGAGUCUGAAGAUGAGCUGAAGAGUUUCAAAGCCCAACUCAAAGGAGAGCAGUCUCGGUCCUCACAGUCUGAGGAUUAUGAUGAGGAUGAGGAUGAUGAUGGUGAUGAGGAGGAGACAAAGCCUGCAGCUCUGCUAUGUGGCUUUAAUGAAGAGGAUGAGAACGACCAGAAUGAUCAGGACCUACUGACUGUCAAGCGUAAAGAUGUGUUCAAUAUCAAUGAAGAGAGCCAGGAUGAGGAGGAGGACACAGAUCCUAAGUCCAAUAUUAAGAAACAAAAGGAAUCCAAAUUCAAAGACGCAAAGAAAAUACAGAAAAAGAGCUUCAAGGUCAACACUAAGAAGAUCUUCACUGAGGAGGGAGAGGUGAUGCAGCAAUGGCCUCCAUUGCAAAAGACAAUGGUACCAGAUGAAGAGGAGGAGGAGGAGACGUCUGGCAUUAACGUGGAAGCAGCCAAAGAGCGGCUUCGCAAGGAAGACCAGGAGUUCGACAAGAUCGAGUACCGUCGUAAAAUCAAGGAGAAACAUAGGGAGAAAAGACUGAAGGAGAAAGCAGCUCGAAGGGAAGCGAGCAAACAGCAUAAAGAGGAGAAGAAAGGUGAUGAUGAAGACGACAACGACGAUGAUGAGGAGGAGGAGGUGGUAGCGUAUCUGUCAGGUGCCAAUGAAGAGUUUGACCCCAGCACACUUCCUGAUCCCGACAAAGUGCGCAACUCUGAGUCCUCCUCUGAGGAGGAAGAAGGCGAUUCAUCAGACCGAGGUGGCAGGAAGAGAAGUUUCAGCAGCGACAGCGGUGAGGAUGAUGAUGAUAGCGAUGAUGAAGAACAGCAGACACAGGUGGGCAAGAAGAAGCCCAGGAAGGAGUCCACAGUAACUCCUCUGGACACUGGCCUCUCACUGGCUGAAGACGAGGAGCUCGUGUUGCAUUUAUUAGGCAGUCACAGCUAGGUCCCUGUACCCAUUAUAUCCUCAAGAUUUCCUUAUUCAUUGAAUUUGUAUGUCGAGUUUAUAAAAUGCCCCUUGACUAAUAAAAUGUAUCCUUAUUGUGAUGGCAACUUUAAGAUUCAUUGCCACACGUAUCUUUGUGAUUUAUUGUGUUUAGAGUGCAGGUUAUAAUUUCCUUUCCUGCCUCUUGCCUUCUUUACAUCCUCUCCUCCUC